CCCGUGCGCUAAGCAGUGCAGUGCGAUCGUCCACGAAAGAAGCGCCAGUUGUUGCGUGCGGCUCGGUGCGUUCGGUCCUGAUAGCAAUCGGUUUCCGGGCAGGCUUGGUGCUUGGUUCGGUCCGCACCUCGGUUACAGUACAGUGUUAAUAGGUUACGUGCUGUGGGAAAAGUGCCAGAACACUCUUAACACGUCGUUGCGCGCAAACAGGGAACACAGGCACGCUCGCGCGCUCGUGCUUCCCGCACGGCGUCGUCUGUUCAGUCACGCGUACGCCAUUAGUUUGGUGGUGCGGUUGCUGUUUUUGGUGCUGAUUUGGCGCGCAUCCCACAGCAUGCCUACCGUUCCACCGCCCGCGAUACGCGACCUGGAGGGACUGCUGGCGCCCGUCCUGCCCGCCGGCACCCGCGUGCUCGGCUACGAGUCGGAGUAUCUAACUGCGCCCGGCGACAACUACGGCAGCACCAUGCUGGCCGUUACGGUUCGUACCGCCCAGGACGCUUCAGUGCAGGAACGCCGCGAGCAGAAGGACAACUCGAGCAACGACGAUCAACCGCCGGUAGAGCUGCUGCACCUCGUGGCCAAGAUGCGCCCGAGCAGUGAGGAAUUUCUCGAAAUCUUUCAAAUCGACAUCACGUUUGUGAAGGAAGCCGCCGUCUAUCUGAAGAUAGUGCCCAGCCUGCUGGCGUUGCAGCGCGAGCAAGGCUUCGACGGCGAUGGGGAACUGAUCGAUGUGUUCUGCCGCUGCUUUAAUGCGCGCGUCUCGCUAGACCCUGCGGUGGAAAAGGUGGACCAGGACGGUGUGAUGCUGUUCGAAAACCUGAAGCUGGCCGGCUACGUUACGGCGGACCGUCGCAAAGGCUUUAACCGCGAGCUGGCCCGAUAUGUGCUGAAGAAAUUGGCCCUGUUUCAUGCGAUCCCGAUAGCGUUGCGCUACCUGAAGCCGGACGUGUUUGAGGCAGGCAUUCAUAAGUAUCUCGUCAAGAUUGAUAUCGAUGCGGGGUUGAGCCAGGCGACGCUCCGGCAGAUGAUGGAUGUGUUUCGGCAGGAUAUCCUCCGGACCGGGGUCGAGGCGGGGCUGGCCGGGCGGGCUUACGCCAAGAUAAACGAGUGCCAUCGACGCCAGGCGCAGCUGAUCUCGGACCAGCUGACCUGCUACUGUACCAUGCUGCACAACGACCUGUGGGUGAACAAUAUGAUGAUCAAAUAUGACCCGACCGGGCAGGUCCCGUGCAGCCUCAAGUUCGUCGACUUCCAGCUGAUACAGAUGGACUCGCUCGUGCGGGACGUUAUUUUCUUCAUCAUCACCAGCGUCAACGAUCCGGAGCUGGAGGCGCAGCUGGACGGCUACUUCGAGUAUUACUUCCAGCAGCUGGCCGCCAACCUGGCCCGGCUGCAGUUUCCCUCCCAGGACGAACUGACGCUUGUAAGCUUCCGGGAGGAGAUCGACCGGGUCGCACCGUUCGAGCUGUAUCACAUCGUAUCGAUGCUGCGCGUGGUGCUAGCGCGCAAGGAAUCGAUCCCGGACCAGAGCGAACAGGACGCGGCACUGUUCUUCAACGACAACCUGGUAGAGGAGGACUACUAUCGGCGGCUCGAGGUCACGCUGCGGAUCUACGAUCAGCGGGGCUGGAUAUAGGGCCCGGUGGUCGGUGGGUUUGAGUUUUGGGCAAGUGAACAUUUAAAGGAUGCGUUCAAUUAAACGUAAAACAUGGUGGUUUCGAGGUGAACGUUUGUUUAGGUGUAAAUAUGGUAGGAAAAAUAUAAAAAUAAAUAAACAGAAACCAAUAACUUAUAUCACGUAAA